UUCUCUCGCCGUGUUCCCGCGCCGUUCCGGUCUUCAGGGCGGACUGUGAGAGGAGAGGAGUUCGUCACGCUGCCCCGCCUACAUCCUGACAGCCAAUGUUUGCCAUGCUCCACGGGCCGGAUUAAAAGAGUCCUGACUUUUGGGGCGGCCGCCCGAGAGGAGGGAGGGGAGCGGGCGCUCGGCACACAGAAGAGCCGCAGCAAAGGUGAAAAAGAGCCGCGUGUGGCUCUGGAGCCGCGAGUUGCCGACACCCGUACUAGGCAG